AUGAACUCCUCCAUCCACACAGAGGAAGAGAAGGAGCACAUCAUCAAGCUUUCCUUCGUGAUCUCUAUCCAUGUGCUGAAUUACCUCCUGGGUCUCCCCCUGAACUCCUGCGUCAUGGUGCUGCUGUUAGACAGACGCAGGAGACUGGAUCCAUGUGACGUCUUCACCCUCAACCAGGCCGCCGUUGAGAUCUUCUUACUGCUCCUGGCUCCGUUUCACGUGUUGUGUAAUAUAAAGGUUGAGCUGUGUUUCAACAAAGUGGUGGGUUUUGUCAUCGGUGUGGGGAUGUUGGUGCGAUCUCUGCUCCAGUGCGCCGUGUGUCAGGAGCGUUACGUGGCCAUCGUCCAUCCUCUCACCUACAGGAAGUUCACAGCUCUCAGGUAUCGAGCAGCCAUCUGCGGCGUGACGUGGGUGAGUGGACUGGCAUCUGGUGUCGUCUGCAUGUUCACGUUCCCCUUCCUGCCCUACAAAGCUAUCCUGGUCUACACCAUCGUCAUGCUGAGCAUCAACAUCUUCAACUGCAUGUCCAUUCUGAGGACGCUGAGACACUCGGCCCCGGGGAAGAGGAACGCAGACACCGGGACGGGCGACGGAAUAAAAAAACGAGCCUUUCACGUCGUCCUGGUGAACCUGCUGACGUUUCUGGUCCAGAACAUUCCGAUCUUCGUCGUCUUCUUCAUGCAUGACACUCUGUCCAUGAUGGACUUUAGCCUGGCGCUGGCCGUCACUCUGGCCAUUAACAUCACUGUGGGUUUCAUGAGUCCUGCUUUUGUGCUCCAUAAAGCUGGAAAACUUUCACUUUUAAAGUCUCCGUGCUUUUAG